CCUCAACCGGCGGCAAAGACCCUUCAUUUUGAUAUUAUGAAGAAAAGCAACUACAAUAAGCUUAUCAAACCCGCAGCUGGCAAGCAAAAUCCUUUAACUGUAAAACUGGGCCUGCGGCUGUCCCAACUGAUCGAUGUGAGUGAGAAGAAUCAGAUUAUGAUAAUUAGUGUCUGGUUGAUGCAUGAAUGGUAUGACAACAGAUUACGAUGGGAACCAGAAGAUUAUGGUGGAGUUGCUAAACUUCAUAUACCAUCAGAUGAUUUAUGGAGACCAGAUAUUGUCCUUUAUAAUAACGCAGAUGGAGAUUUCGUGAUAACUUUGUUGACAAAAGCUACCGUAUAUUAUACAGGUAAAAUCGUGUGGGAACCACCAGCUAUUUACAAAAGUUACUGUCCUAUAGCUAUGGCAUACUUCCCUUUUGAUAUACAAGAGUGUUUCCUAAAAUUUAGUUCUUGGACAUAUGAUGGUGUUCAAGUAGAUCUACAACAUAUAUGUGAAGGUGUUGAAAACGCAAAUAAUGAAAAAAUCAUUCUGAGAGGAAUAGAUAUUAAAGAUUUUUAUUUCAAUGUCGAGUGGGAUAUUAUAAAUGUCACUGCGAGACGGAAAGUCAAAUUUUACCCUUGUUGUCCCGAGCCUUAUCCAGAUAUAACAUUUAAUGUUACAAUUAAAAGGAGGACUUUGUUUUACACUUUAAAUUUAAUUAUGCCAUGUGUUUCAAUUUCGUGUUUGACAAUUUUAGUAUUUUUCCUACCUGCAGACAGUGGUGAAAAAAUUACACUUUCUAUUAGUAUAUUGCUAGCAUUAACUGUGUUCUUCCUCUUGCUUUCUGACAUUAAUCCGCCGACGUCUUUAGAAAUACCGUUAAUAGGAAAGUACCUCUUAUUCAUUAUGUUGGUAGUGACUAUGUCUAUCUUUUUGACGGUUUAUACCCUACAUAUACAUUUUAAAACACCAACUACACACAAAAUGUCGCCUUGGGUACGAAAAGUGUUUACAGAUAUUCUUCCUCGGAUACUGUGUAUGCGCAGACCAGAAUUUAAAUCUGGAAAAGGAAAGGUAGCUGUGAGAACCUGUAAUGGUAUUGAGAUGAGAGAGACCGAAACAAGGGAUUGGCAGAUCUACGAAAAUGUUCAUCCUCCAGCGGAAAUUGAGCCCGAUUUCAGUGUAAAUGUAAACUGCACAAGUAAAUAUUCACCUGGAGUCAUAGAAGCUUUACAGGGUGUUAAAACUAUUGCUGAUAAUUUACGAAAAGAAGAUGAAGAAAACGCGGAAGUUCUUGAUUGGAAGUACAUUGCCAUGGUGAUGGAUAGAUUAUUUUUAUACAUAUUCACAACUGCAUGUUUUACUGGAACACUUAGCAUCUUUCUGUAUGCGCCAUCUUUAUAUGAUCCAAGAUUACCACUAAAUACAAGUGACUCCAACAGUUCGUGUAUAUAUUAGAAAACAUAUGGGACACUAUUAUUUUCAUGCUUUUAGAAAAAUACACUGUGUGUGUCAUUGAAGUAACAGUUUUUGGGACAUUUUAAAGGCAGGUGGUACCAAUGCUUCCAGUGGUAACGAUCAUUGAAACUGUUGUUCUUUUUUUGGGAUGGUUUUUUGACGAUUAGAAUCACAUACAUGUGGUACAUAUGUGUAAAUAGUUGAAAUGUACAUUCAGAAUAGACAAUGUACGAGUUGCCAUUACUAUUCUUGCAAAAUUCAUCUCGUAGUUAACCGCAUGACUUUGCUCAUCUUCAUUAAUCCAACAAGAUGCAGAACAGCAUGACUUCAAACUCUGCUUUCAAUUUACUUCCCGUUAUAAAAGAUUGCUAAUUUCCGAAUCAAUUUAUUUUUUGCCUAAUUGUGAAUGAAUGGCUGACUUUAAAGAUUGUAUCGUCUCUGAAUGGGUUGGUUUUAUAAAUUCCCAAUUAUCUUCCAUUUUGUUCUUCAAGAGAAGCAACCAGCUAACCUACUAACCCAAUAAAGAUCCUUUUGUGAAUUGAGUUACCCACAAAUUUUAAGCGUCAUUACAAGCUUUUUAACUUAAGCUCCUUGACAGGGGGAAAACCCCGUCGUUUAAAUAUCAAAAAGAGACUAAGUGCUAACUUAAGCAGGGUUACAGAUGUCUUUGAGUACAAGAUCUAUUCAUCGGUCAAUUUUGUUAGUUUAUUGCUUUU